AUGUUCACUACGAAAUUGCUAUACAACAUCGCGUCCAGCUACGAAGAGUGCAUGAGUGCUCUGAACGCGACCGGGCAACCAAUCUACGUGGGCGAAUCAGGCGGAACGCGAUGGUGUAACGCCACCUGGGACUCUAUUCUCUGCUGGCCAGCGAUUCCCGGAAAUUCCAGUUAUAGUCUACCGUGUCCUCCAAUGAAAGGAUUAGUCAUUGAAAACUCGCCUGAGAGACAACCGGUGGAGGUCAAGAACUGCAGACGUCGAUUUGGUGGUCCAAGAACAAACACGUUGGGAGGACCCGAUGGUCAAGUUUCUUGCUCGGUGGCGUUCAUGGCUCAGCCAUAA